UGGCUGAAGUGCGAGCUUACUAGGCGUUGGGUUACGAAAAGAUUUGGGUUGCAAAAAUCCCGCACUGCACACGAAAUGGUUUAAAAGGAGACGGGGAUAUCCAGUGGUUUCUGCCUCAUUUUUCACAACGAUAACCAAGGUCAGGAGAGCAUGGGCCGGCUGGAUGAUGCCGCCAAACGCAAAGUGGUGGAGCUGCGGAAGGCUGGUCUGAGUUUCCGUAAGAUCAAGGCUGUUUUGGAGCUGGAGAACAUCAAGGUGUCUGCGCAGGCCAUCUACCUGUUCCUGAGGGAGUUUCACGGGAGGCCGCCGGGGAGGGUCCGACCCGAGGAGGCUGCAAGCAGCACCUCUCCGACACAGGUGCAAGCUAGAGCUGGGAUGGUGAGCCAGGUGGGAAGGCGAGACGGCUGGAGUAACAUUCAUCUCCACAACCUACUACGGGAGGCAUCUCACCAUGUUGGCUUCACUGCAGCGGCAGAGUUUGCCAAGCAGACGGCCAGCAGUCCUGAAACUACUGCAAAGCCUUCUGAGUCCGGGGAGAGCAGCGGAGGUGGCAGGGCAGAGCAGCAACACGAGGCCAAUAAGGAGGAGAAUGACAUCCAGAUUGUCAGCGUCACCUCUCUUGCGCAGAACAGCCAACAGAGGGGCCUCCAGUCCCCGGUGACAGGAGCAGGGGCUGGGUCAACCACAGUGGCAGUGGCAGGAGCAUUCACAAGGAGGAGAGUCACACCUUCCCCAGCCACCAACCCAGUCCUGGCAGCUCGCAGGAGGCUUUUGGAUAAAGCUCUGUCACACAGAGCAAAGUCAUUUCAUCAAAUGGCGUCGUUGUUGAGGAGGGAUCACUCCAGUGUUCAAGGUGCUGAUUUGAGAAGUGCGAUGCCACAGCAACCUGAGACUUAUGAUCUGACUGCUGAAAAGACAGGUGUGGAGGGACAGCCAGGAGGAGCCAGUGCCCCCAGACGUUUUCUCACACAGAGACCAGGUUUGUCUGUGCGGUCCCUUCACCCCCCUCCUAGGGUUGGCAUUCGGAUUCCUAGCCGGGCACCAGCACCUCUAACAUCCACAGGUCCUGGGGGUGCUGUCAUCCGUCUCCAGACUCCAGGAGGCCAGGGCAUCACUCGGAGAGAGGGGAACCCCAGCCCCCAGCAAGCAGUCCAUGAUGCAGGAGGGAGAGGUGGGCUGCAGGAUCAGAUACAGAGCCUGGGCACUGAGGUGCGCAGCCUGGGCCUGGCAGUGAAGAUGCUGGUGGAGCAGCAGUGCCGUCUGGAGAGAGAGCAGGUGCAGCAGACAAAUGUCCAGAGGCAGAUCCUCAGCACUCUGCAGAGCUUAGCCUCCAGGCUGGGCCCUUGUAGCAGUCUCCAACAGCAGCACAACAAAACCCCAUCUCCCUCAUCUUUACCUACUGCCUCUGCAUCUACCUCCUUCAGCCAGGACACCUUCAACUAUAGUCAAGGCACGUACACUCAGUGCAGCCAAACCCAGCCCAGCUACAACUCUAUAGAGGGUCUGGAGUCUGUGGAGGCCUUUAAAGUGCCAGGACUAAGCCCUACAAGCAUGAAUGGUUUCCCACAGUGUAGCAAUGCUGAAAGCCUCCCGCUUACUCACACCCACCCUCAAACACAAACAUAUGCAACAGCAUACACACAGCAACACAGCCAAGCACUCAUGCCAUCCUUCACACAGUCUUAUGUCCCCACAUACUCCCAGUCCCACUCUCAGCCAUUCAGAGGGUCAGAGACUAAAGCCUCUGAUUUCCCAAGUAGCUGUUCAGCAGGGACUCUCCAGGACUGCAGCGUCUCCACCCAGCCAGCAAUGAACUCUAAUCAUUCUCCACAGGAUCACCAGGUCAAUAUUAUCAAAGUGGAGGGACCGUAGAGUGCUUCACAUUCCACACACGCCUUGGUUUCUAAGCCGUCUUGGGAUCAAAAAGGGCUUUGAUGUGUUUUUGUAAUGAGUCACUUUGGUAAAGUUGUUUAAGACUUGUUUUCGUAUAAUAAUUAACAUACUGUAUGUUGUAGCAUUUUUUACAUUAAAUAAUUUAUUUACAAAAUACUGUUAAACAUAACACAAAGAGCAAUAGGAGAAAAGGAAUAAAAUGCCAUAGUAACAGUGAGCCCUGUUUUUGUGAAUCAAGACGCUGGUGCAAGUUGAUAGAAGCUCAUGGUGUAAACAUGUUGGGCAUGACCAACAGAUUUUAGUAGGUGACCAACAUUAUCAGCCGGUGUGGGAGGGACUUGAAUCAAUCAAGACCUAUAAGAUCAGCUCUUGUCAUCUCCUUUACAAGCAGUGAACUCUCCACCUUGAUCGACUGCCAUUUUCAUAAUGGGAAGGAGAGUCCAGACCAGCCUCUCCCUAGAAAAACCCCAGUGCAGUCGAUGAAGAACAUAUUGCACCCAAUAAUGAAUAUAUACUGCACAGAUAUGUCGCCAGUAUGUCCCUCAUGUCAUGUUUUGGUAGACUGAUUCACACAAUAACAAUACUGUUACAACAAACUUUAUAGUACAAUAAAAUGUGUUUCAAUUA